AAAGCCAGGCUAAAACUGGGGAACUUGUCAGCUUACGUCCUUUGCUCUUCCUUAUUUCUGCAGCUCUGUAGGGUCCCCUUCUGCUGGGCCUUCUUGCCUCUGUUGUAAAGCUCUUUGGCUGAGAUGGGUGACAAUGGUGACAACAAAGAACUGAAGCAGAAAUUAAACUUUUCCUAUUCUGAAGAAGAGCAGGAGGACGAAGGGCAGAAGGAGGCACAGGAGAGCAAAAAGGUGCAGUACCACACGCCAGAGAGGUGUGGACAUCAGGACUCCGAGGCCAAGUUCACACCUCCCAGGACUCCCCUCAAUCACGUCUGUGAGCUCAGCACCCCUCAGGUAAAAGACAGAGCGAGUCCGGAUCAGGGUUUGAGGACUCCAGUGUCACGCCCCCACACCCGGCCUGAAACACCGGCCCCGCCAGACAAGAGCAAGCCGCCACCACGCUGUGAGAGCCCCUUCACUCCCAGAGGCCAUUUGAGCCAGUCAGUGAUUUCAACAGGGAAGCUCCCUUCCCGAGGAUCUAAGCACUUGAGACUCACGCCUGGUCCCCUCACUGAUGAGACGACCUCUCUGGCUCUGGUCAAUAUUAAUCCCUUCACCCCAGAGUCCUACAGAAGACAGUUCCUUAAAUCCAAUGGCAAGAGGAAAACUCGAGGCGAUCUGGAGGAAGCUGGUCCGGAAGAAGGCAAAGUAGAAAAAGGGCUGCCUGCCAAGAGAUGUGUUCUACGAGAAACCAACAUGGCUUGUCGCUAUGAAAAAGAAUUCUUGGAGGUAGAAAAAAUCGGGGUUGGGGAAUUUGGGACAGUCUACAAGUGCAUUAAGAGGCUGGAUGGAUGUGUUUAUGCGAUAAAACGCUCCACAAAACCUGUGUCAGGAUUGUCAGAUGAGAACCUGGCUAUGCAUGAAGUUUAUGCUCACUCGGUGCUUGGGCACCACCCCCAUGUGGUCCGCUACUACUCUUCGUGGGCGGAAGAUGACCACAUGAUCAUUCAGAAUGAAUACUGCAAUGGUGGGAGCUUGCAGGCUGCUAUAUCUGAAAAUGCAAAGGCUGGCAAUCAUUUCCAAGAGCCGAAACUCAAGGACAUCCUUCUACAGACUUCCCUGGGGCUUAAGUACAUCCACAACUAUGGCAUGGUGCAUAUGGACAUCAAACCUAGUAACAUCUUCAUCUGUCAUAAGAUACAGAGUGACUCUCCUGUUGUCCCGGAAGAGGCUGAAAAUGAAGCCGACUGGUUCCUCUCUGCCAAUGUGACGUAUAAAAUUGGGGACUUGGGUCAUGUGACAUCAAUCAGCGAACCCCAAGUGGAAGAGGGAGACAGUCGCUUCCUGGCAAAGGAGAUUCUGCAAGAGAAUUACCAGCACCUUCCCAAAGCGGACAUAUUUGCCUUGGGACUGACCAUCGCCGUGGCUGCGGGAGCAGAGGCGUUACCCACCAAUGGCACCUCCUGGCAUCACAUCCGUGAGGGGCAACUUCCGAACAUUCCUCAGGACCUCUCCAAAGAAUUUCACAGUCUACUCAAGGACAUGAUCGACCCUGAUCCAGUGGCGAGACCUUCUGCGGCAGCUCUGACCAGAAGUCGAGUUCUUUGUCCCUCCCUGGGGAGAACAGAAGAGCUUCAGCAGCAACUGAACUUGGAAAAGUUCAAGACAGCCACACUGGAAAGGGAGCUGAAAGAAGUCCAGCGGGCCCAGUCCUCCAAGGAGGGCCAGAGUAGCCCUGGGGUCACUGGGACCCACACAGGAUCAAGAAGCACCAGACGCCUGGUGGGAGGGAAGAGUGCCAAGUCUUCAAGCUUCACCUGGGGGCAGUCUUCCCCAUAGGAACUCCUUCUGCCACCCCAACUCGCCUUUCAUCCCAACCUAGAUACUGACCUUGUAAACCUUUCUCUUGUAAAGGGAGAGACUAACCAACUUGAGUGCCCAAAGAUUUCAAAAGCCAUUCCUAAGUUAGCACUUACAGCCAACAUCUGACAGCUACUGAGGAUGAUUCCUAGCAGCAAUGGUCACAGGUACUAUAAUUGGCAACCACUUCUCUUCUCUCUCGUUACAUUCCUAACAUGACCCAUCAACAGUUUGUUCACUUCUCAUAUCUGCUGAUGCACAAGGGGAAGGCCCGGGCAUGGAAGCAGCCCCCAGUGUAGCUCGUGGACUAGGAGGAGGUUGCCGGCCUAUGUACCAAGGAUCCCAGGGACUCAAUUCAAUUCAAUUUUGUUUUGAGUUGAGGCGACAGCUUGCCAGAAGAUGUGCCUGGAUUUUGAGUGUUUCCUGGGUUAUAUGAUUUUAUUCCUUAAAGAUUUCUCAGCCACUUGGAGCAAGUAGUUUUCUCGCUGUACUCUCUGAAUGGAGAUCACCCCUUUCUCUGAUACAGUAUUUAUCAAGUAAAUGUCUUCAUUAUGUGAGGUGGGUAGAAAUACGACGACAUAACUUGACAUUUCUGAACCAUUAAGGAACAAAAACACUGGGUAGAGUUUGAGGGCAAUGUGAUGGGGUUUGCUCUCCCUCAGUCUGUUUGCCCCGAGCCUCUUGUAACUAUAAGGAUUUUUUAUUUUCUGGGCGUCACCAAUUUCACCUUGAUUUUAUCAGAAAUUGGCUUUUCUUCCCAUGAUUUUUACCGUAUUUUAUCCAAAUCCUUUACUCCGUACAUAUUUUG